CUUGCAUACGACCAGUGAGCAGUGGUCAGCCACCGAGAAGUGUAUUUCGGGUCUCCUCAUCGCAAAAGAACUCAAGCUUUGCCCCGAGCAGGCCGCGUCAGCUGUGGGAGCAGUUCUGGUUCCUCUCUUUGCUGCAUUCGUGCGUGCUGUUAGUUCCCAUUGCUGUCUUACUGAACACAACCACAGCCUCCACACAGUCCACUAUCCCAGCACCGAAAAAAUCUCCGUGCAUCGGGUCCUUUCCUUGAGGCCGAAACGGAUGCUCAGCCCGCCGGCACGACCAAGCUUCACCGAUUGUGCUUGGGGGCGCAGGAACCUGUCGCACAUCCAUAUAAAGGGGGUAAACCCCGUGUACGGACGUGCAUCAAAGCAUCAUCAAUUAGCUUGCUAUCGCUCUUCGCUUAGUAGGACAAGAAGUCCUUCGAGACACCUCGUCGAAGCCUACUUGUGCAGCCCAUAAAUCUUCCCAUAAUACAGCACCGCAGAGAAAAAGAAACAAAAACAAAACUAAGAAGAUGAGAUCGUUCUCAACUUUUGCCGCCAUUGCGGCUCUCGCAUACGGUGCUACUGCCCAGUCAGACUCAUCCACAAUCACUUCGGCCCCUCCUACUAUGGCGACUGGCUUUUCUGGAUUCGGUCCUUUUGGUCAUAGUCUUGACGCCAGCCAAAGCAGCAUUUUCGAGAGCUACACCUCUGCUCACCCUAAUGGCCCUAGCAGCUCGGACUGGGCCUCACUCACUUCUGCGCUUGGUCUGAGCCAGUUCGGCCCAUUCGGCACUGGCUACCCAUCCGGCUUCUCCACCUAUGUCUCCGGCGGUCCUGGGUUCGGUGGCCAUGGUGGCUUCGGCUCCGGUCAUGGCGGCUUUGGCGGUGGACAUGGCCCAUUCGGGGGCGGCAGCUUCGGAGGAUGGGGUGCUUCAGAUGGCCCCUUUUGUUCUACUGGUAGUUGGACCGCUGGUCCGUGGACUAAAUGGUGGGGAGGUGACUCUUGCCCAGCGUCCGACUGGCCAGGCUGGACAAGUGGUUCGUGGAGCAAAACGGCUGAUUGGACGACCUGGACUGGCUGCACUGCUAGUGUGACCGCUUCCUCCGUCUACACCACAACCACCGAUGUCAGCGGUGUUGCAUCGCAGAUCACCACGACCUCGUACGGCUACAAGAUUGCUCAAGCAACUGUUGCCAGUGCCAGCGCAAGUGCCAGUCCAACCGGUGCUGCUUCCAACGUUGGCGUCGCUGCCGGUGCUGCUGCCGCCGGACUCAUUGGCGUCGUUGCCGCUGUGCUUUAAGCUCUUUAAUCCGAUCUUGUUAAUACACUGAUCCGACGAUUGCAUAUAGCGGUAUGGGAAUGGCGCUGCUGAUUCUCUGUAAAGGUCCAGGUAUCUUGUUCUUCAGAUGAUUCGCAUUGGCGUUGGGUGGCUUAGCAUUCGAGAAGAUGAAAUCGUAAUGAUGGGCGAUGAUUGAUCCAGACUGCGACUGGAAUACAGAUAUCCAUUUAUGAUAACCCAAGAGUCAAUACGAGCAUUUUGGAGUCUGA